AUGUGUGCAUAUGGAGAAGAUGGUGAAGAAGUAGCCUGCACUCAGAAUGGACAGGUGUACUUGAACAGGGAUAUUUGGAAGCCCUCACCAUGCCAAAUCUGUGUCUGUGACAAUGGAGCUAUUCUUUGCGACGAGAUCCUGUGUCAAGAUCUGCUGGAGUGUGAGAACCCCCAGGUGCCCCCAGGAGAGUGCUGUCCUGUGUGUCCCCAUACAUCACGGGAUUUUGACCCCACCAUAGGUAGAGGAAGAAAGGGACAAAAAGGAGAACCUGGAAUAGUGCCACCUGUUUCAGGCAUACGAGGCCGCCCGGGACCAGCCGGACCUCCAGGCUCACAAGGUCCACGAGGAGAACGAGGACCAAAGGGAAGACCUGGUCCUCGUGGUCCUCAAGGGAUUGAUGGGGAGCCUGGUAUCCCUGGCCAGCCUGGUGACCCUGGUCCUCCAGGGCAUCCCACUCACCCAGGACCAGAUGGAAUAAGCAGGCCCUUUUCAGCUCAGAUGGCAGGACUGGAUGAGAAGUCUGGACUUGGUAGUCAGAUGGGACUGAUGCCUGGUGCAGUGGGUCCAGUGGGUCCAAGAGGUCCUCAGGGUCUCCAAGGAAAACAAGGUGGUGCUGGCCCCACAGGCCCACCUGGUGAACCUGGAGAUCCAGGACCUAUGGGGCCAGUUGGUUCUCGUGGACCAGAGGGACCUCCAGGCAAACCUGGUGAAGAUGGUGAACCUGGUAGACCAGGACAAUCUGGUGAGCCUGGAUUUCCAGGAUCUCCAGGCCCUCGAGGCUUUCCUGGUGCUCCUGGUCUCCCAGGCCUCAAGGGUCACCGGGGAUUGAAAGGACUUGAUGGUCCAAAAGGUGAAAUUGGAGCAGCUGGAGCAAAGGGAGAGUCUGGACCGACCGGAGCCAUGGGUCCCACAGGUCCUCUAGGCCCUAGGGGAAUGCCAGGAGAAAGAGGACGGAUUGGACCACAGGGUGCCCCUGGUGGACGUGGCCAGCAUGGCAUGCCUGGGAAGCCAGGCCCAAUGGGCCCACUUGGCAUAACUGGAUCUCCAGGUUUUCCUGGAAUUCCUGGUGUAAAGGGUGAAGCAGGUCCAACAGGUCCUCGUGGUCCUGAAGGUCCUCAAGGACAAAGAGGUGAAACAGGUCCUCAGGGCCCAGCUGGGUCACAAGGUCUUCCUGGUGCUGAAGGGACAGAUGGCUCCCCUGGUGCAAAGGGCCCUACUGGAUCUCCAGGCACUGGAGGCCCCCCUGGACUGUCAGGGCCCCCAGGUUCCCCAGGACCCCAGGGCAGCACCGGUCCCCCCGGCAUUCGAGGCCAGCCAGGAGACCCUGGUGUCCCAGGUUUCAAGGGGGAAGCAGGACCCAAAGGUGAACCUGGCCCACAAGGUCCCCAGGGUCCCAUUGGCCCGAUAGGUGAAGAAGGAAAAAGAGGUCCUCGUGGUGAUCCAGGGUCAGUAGGUCCACCAGGUCCUGUUGGAGAGAGGGGUGCUCCUGGUAACCGUGGUUUUCCAGGUUCUGAUGGCUUGCCUGGACCAAAGGGAGCCCAAGGAGAGCGUGGUCCUGCAGGAUCUUCUGGACCUAAAGGAGGUCAGGGAGAUCCUGGACGUCCUGGUGAACCUGGCCUUCCAGGUGCAAGGGGUUUAACUGGAAAUCCAGGUGUUCAAGGCCCUGAAGGAAAACUUGGCCCCUUGGGUGCUCCUGGGGAAGAUGGACGUCCAGGUCCAGCAGGUUCCUUAGGAAUCAGAGGUCAGCCAGGCAGCAUGGGCCUUCCUGGGCCAAAGGGUAGCAGUGGUGAUCCUGGAAAACCUGGUGAAGCAGGCAAUGCAGGAGUCCCAGGACAGAGAGGAGCCCCUGGUAAAGAUGGUGAAGUUGGUCCUUCUGGUCCUGUUGGCCCACCAGGUCUGGCAGGAGAAAGAGGAGAGCAAGGCCCUCCAGGUCCUACAGGGUUUCAGGGCUUGCCUGGGCCACCAGGUCCUCCAGGUGAGGGAGGAAAGCCAGGUGAUCAGGGUGUGCCUGGAGAUCCUGGAGCUGUUGGUCCAUUGGGCCCCAGGGGAGAACGUGGCAACCCAGGGGAAAGGGGAGAGCCAGGUGCCUCAGGACUCCAGGGUGAAAAGGGCAUGGCUGGAGGCCACGGUCCCGAUGGCCCAAAGGGAAGCCCAGGCCCUAGUGGGACACCUGGUGAUCCAGGCCCACCGGGUCUUCAGGGCAUGCCUGGAGAGAGAGGGAUUGCUGGAACACCUGGCCCAAAGGGUGAUAGAGGCGGCGUAGGUGAGAAAGGUGCUGAAGGUACAGCUGGCAAUGAUGGGGCAAGAGGUCUCCCUGGUCCAAUAGGUCCAAUGGGUCCAGGAGGUCCCACUGGUGAAAAGGGUGAACCAGGUCCUCGAGGUCUAGUUGGUCCUCCUGGUUCUCGUGGAAACCCUGGUUCCCGAGGAGAAAAUGGCCCAACUGGUGCUGUUGGUUUUGCUGGCCCCCCGGGCCCUGAUGGUCAGCCUGGUGUGAAAGGUGAGCCUGGAGAACCUGGACAGAAAGGAGAUGCAGGAUCUCCAGGACCACAGGGUCUUGCUGGGUCUCAUGGCCCCCCAGGCCCUCCAGGUGUUCCUGGUCUGAAAGGUGGUAGAGGAACUCAGGGUCCACCUGGUGCUACUGGAUUCCCAGGAUCUGCUGGAAGAGUUGGGCCUCCAGGACCUACUGGAGCCCCAGGGCCAGCUGGGCCUAUUGGUGAGCCAGGAAAAGAAGGUCCCCCAGGUCUUCGUGGUGACCCUGGUUCUCAUGGCCGUGUGGGAGAUCGAGGGCCAGCUGGGCCUCCUGGUGGCCCUGGAGACAAGGGUGACCCGGGGGACGACGGGCAGCCGGGCCCCGAUGGCCCCCCUGGUCCAGCAGGAACUACUGGUCAGAGAGGAAUUGUUGGAAUGCCGGGACAGCGAGGGGAGAGGGGCAUGCCUGGGCUGCCAGGGCCUGCAGGUACCCCAGGAAAGCAAGGUCCCACGGGGCCACCUGGUGACAAAGGUCCCCCAGGACCUAUUGGCCAGUCAGGUGCCACUGGGCCUGUAGGUGAAGCUGGUCCAGAAGGACCUGCUGGUAACGAUGGUACUCCUGGACGAGAUGGAGCUGUUGGAGAACGUGGUGAUCGUGGUGAACCUGGCCCUGCAGGCUUACCAGGUUCUCCAGGAGGUCCAGGAACUCCAGGUCCUGUUGGCCCUCCAGGAGAUGCAGGUCAAAGAGGUGAAACUGGUUCCCGAGGUCCCAUGGGUCCCCCAGGUCGUGCAGGAAAAAGAGGUUUGCCUGGUCCCCAAGGACCUCGUGGUGACAAAGGUGACAAUGGAGAUCGAGGUGAUAGGGGCCAGAAAGGACACAGGGGUUUCACUGGGCUUCAAGGCCUUCCUGGCCCUCCUGGUCCAGUUGGUGAGCAGGGCAGUCCUGGCAUUCCAGGCCCAUUUGGUCCUCGGGGUCCUCCAGGUCCAGUUGGUCCUUCUGGAAAAGAUGGAAGUCCUGGUCCACUUGGGCCAGUUGGGCCUCCUGGUGUUAGAGGGACUGUGGGAGAAGCUGGACCUGAGGGCCCACCAGGUGAGCCUGGUCCUCCUGGCCCUCCGGGGCCUCCUGGGCACCUCACCGCUGCCCUUGGUGACAUCAUGGGACACUACGACGACGCCAUGGCGGAUCCCCUGCCAGAGUUCACCGAAGAUGAAGCAGCCCCUGACGACCACAACAAAACAGACCCGGGCGUCCACGCCACGCUCAAGUCCCUGAGCAGCCAGAUCGAGACCAUGCGCAGCCCCGACGGCUCCAGGAAACACCCAGCACGCACCUGCGAUGACCUGAGGCUGUGCCACCCCUCCCAGAGGAGCGGUGAGUACUGGAUUGAUCCUAACCAAGGGUGUGUUGAAGAUGCUAUAAAAGUGUACUGCAACAUGGAAACUGGGGAGACCUGCAUUCCUGCCAACCCGUCUACUGUGCCCCGCAAAACGUGGUGGGCCAGCAAGUCCUCUGACUUAAAGCCUGUUUGGUAUGGCCUUGAGAUGAACAGGGGAUCACAGUUCGUGUACGGGGAUACAGCUGUCACUCAGAUGACAUUCCUGCGCCUCCUGUCCAAGGAAGCUUCCCAGAACAUCACCUACCUUUGUAGAAACAGCGUUGGGUACAUGGAUGACCAGACAAAGAACCUGAAAAAAGCUGUGGUUCUGAAAGGGGCCAAUGACCUGGAGAUCAAGGCAGAGGGAAACAGCCGCUUCAGAUACACUGUUCUGCACGACAGUUGUUCUAAACGUAAUGGGAAUGUGGGCAAGACUGUUUUUGAGUACAGAACACAGAACGUGGCACGCUUGCCCAUCAUCGAUAUUGCACCGGUGGACGUUGGCAGCACCGACCAGGAAUUUGGAAUUGAAAUUGGGCCAGUUUGCUUUGUGUAA